AUGCUUGAUGAUGCAAACCGCGUCGUUCCCGGCUUUAUCACACACUACGCCCCGCUCAUCUGGCUUCACUCGGAGGAUCCAUUCCGCCCUGCUGAUCUACUUCGGCAUAUUCGCCAUACCUCUCCUGCAGUCAAUCACAAGUCGAUUCCAGAUGUCCCUGAGCUUGGCCUGGAUAAUCUAGCCAUCCUGAAUGAUGUGAGCAGUGGGCAGGUCGCGUUGACCGCUGUCGAUGAUGUGACAACUCUCCCGACCUGGCUUUACGGAGAAACUCCGGAUGGGUCGGGCAAGACCCAAAACGCUACUUCCUGUGUGGUCGUUCUUGUCGAGAGGGGACCUAUAGAUAUCGAUGCGUUCUAUUUCUACUUCUACUCGUACGACCGUGGUCCGAACCUCACGCAAGUGGCGGAACCAGUGAACCGGCUGGUCAAGGACGACGGAAGCGGGACGCACUUUGGGGAUCAUGUCGGCGACUGGGAACAUAACAUGGUCCGGUUCCAUGACGGCAAACCAACAGGCAUCUGGUACAGUCAACAUCGAGAUGGCGCCGUUUAUCAGUGGGGCGAUGCCGGACUGUCAUUAGAGAAUGAUCGACCCAUCGUCUUUAGUGCCUAUGGCUCGCACGCAAACUACGCCAGUGCAGGCGACCAUAUCCACGACGAAGCGUUGAUUGAUUACUGCGAUGCCGGGCCAAGAUGGGAUCCUAUCCUUUCGGCCUACUUCUACCACUUGGAUCCCAUUAGCUUCACCCUGACGCAGCUGACCCCUCCCGGAAGCUCGCCCCCACCGACUUCUAACAUCACCUCUUUCUUCUAUUACACCGGCCUGUGGGGAGACGCCCAGUACCCGGACGAUGAUCCCCGCCAGAAGACCGUACCGCACUUUGGCAUCAAGCGCUUCGUGUCUGGCCCCACGGGUCCAGCGACCAAGCAGCUCGUCCGCAAGGGCAUCGCUCCCGAUGAAGGCAAGCACAGGUCGUGGACGGAGUGGGCAGUCGGAGUCGUCAUGUCGCUCUAUCCAUGCUGCAUACGCGGGUGGAGGAAGUGGGUUUGGGGAGUUGUUCUGCUGGGCGUCUUGCUGUCAGUCCCAUUCGGCAUCUGGUAUGCCCUGAGACGAUACAAGGCAAGGAGAGGCUACAAGAGGGUAGAGACGGAUGUACAACUGGACGAUCUCACUUGGAGAGAAGACUCCAGCCCUUCUCGGUCCGAGACCGAGCUGAGACGAAUUGAGUGA